AUGAAAAGAAGCAAAUCUGAAGAUUAUGCAAAAAGUACAAAAGCUACACGCAAAAAACCGCAUCGACUGAUCCUUUUAUGCGUUUGUUUCAUUGCGCUCCCGCACACAAAUCACGCGAGGUGUCAUGGCUCGCUUAUGCAAAAGGGCUGGUCUCAAUCUGUUUCUGUUCUGAAACAACUUCUACGCGUGGGCAAAAUCUUGAGGAAGCUGCUUUUGACCAACUAGUAAAAGUGAAACUGGUG